CCGAGCUACAGUCACCCAUGGCCCAGUUUGUCCGCUGUUGGCAGUCGUCCGUGUCUCAGAUACAUAGUACUAGUAUCAAGUAAAUUCAAGACUUCCUCACAUGUCAAGUAGUAAAUCGUUUAUCUGUGCUAUAGCAUCUUUCCAGCUCGGAAAGUCUUCCCCCCUAAGCCAUUACUACAACGCUUAUACUUGUCGCCGGCUGCGGUAUGGGCAAUAAUAGCUCUCGGUCUACGCUCCCGGGCCAUCGUGGCCCAGCUGAAGCGAAAACAUCCAUGUCGCCUAUACGAAGUUCACAUCCAGUUGAAAAGCCCCCGUCAGAUCCUCUGACUCCCGAGAAGCCCUCACGCACAGCGUACGAGCCACUUACGCCGCCACCAUCGGGAAGUUCAAACUCAAAGCGACCGUCAUUUCCCGACCAUGAUUUCUCCUUCCCGUUCAAUCCCACAACGCCGCCUGCUUCUUCAGACCACUCAGCAACACCUGCCUUAACCUUUGCCUCCACAAUCCAGACGCCGUCAGCAAGCUCUCCCAUCAGCCCCGACAUCAACAGAUAUCAGCACGCAAGCACUCCCUGUUCCAACUGCUACCGCCCCAUCAUUCGUCAUCAUCACCACCACCACCACCACUCUCCGCCAUUAUCCCGAACACCAGCAUCAAAACCGCUAAAGUGCGGCCACCGGCUCUGCAAACGCUGCAUCCGCACCUCGCUCCUAGCCUCCCUGUCCACCGACCCCUUCACUCCAGCAUCCUGUCCCGGAUGCAGAUCAUGCAGUACUAAGUCUACUACUACUGCUACCCUUCGCGGCAGCGACGACGACGACGACAACAACAACAGCAACAACAAGCAGAAAGAGGACAUGGCAAAUGAAGCAACAGCAACAACAACGACAACAACCAUCCCGCUCGCGGUGCUCGGGUCAGCGGCCACGGCAGCCGAGUUCCUCGCAUACCGGGACAAGCUGCGCGAGAGGCGCACGCCGGUCGAGCGGCGGUUGUACUGUCACGAUCGAGAAGGAUGCGGCAUGUUCCUGGCGUCGUCGGAGGCGAGGAUCGUGACGGCUGGGCCGCGGAAAGGCCGGGAGAGCAGCAAGGCCGGGGCGGUGCUGUGUCCGCUGUGCCAGGGGAAGACAUGUCGGGGGUGCGGGAUGCGGUCGCACUGGUUUGGUGGUAAAUCUGAUACUAUGCUGCAGGAGGAUGGGAUGGGGAGGAAGAGGAGGGGGGAGCGGUCGUUGAGUAAGGGGGGAAGAAAACGGAGAAAAUGUGGGAGUGAAAGAAAAGGAAAAGGAGAAGGGGAGCGUUGCUGAGGGUUGGCGUGAACUGUGAGCCGGGUGUCAGGAGGGGUGAUGAAGUGAUGGCUGAAUUGAUUGUGGGAUCAGCAGUUUGGAGAAUAUUGGAAUCAGUUAGAUUUGGGCAU